AUGGACUACAAUCUGACUUGUAAAGGAUGGGAAAAUCACAUUGAAGGCCAGAAAUUAAAAGCUGAUGGAGAUAGUUUUCGAAUGAAGUUAUCUACUCAAGAAAUUUUUGAUGAUUGGGCACGAAAAGUACAGCAACGUAAUAUUGGUGUUACUGGCAGAAUAUUCGCAAUUGAAAAUCUUAGAUCACGUUCUGGUCGUGGCAACAUAUUAAAAAUGAAAGUAAACUUUUUACCAGAAAUCAUAACAUUAUCCAAAGAAGUAAGAAAUUUAAAGAAUCUUGGGUUCCGAGUUCCUAUCGCAAUCGUCAAUAAAGCGUAUCAAGCUAAUUUACUUUAUCCGUUUGCUAUAAGCUUGAUUGUGAGUAUAGGCGCUUAUGAACAGACAUUAGAAAAGAUCGAAGAUAAGUCAAAUAUUAUUCCCCUUAUCGCUGGUCUAAGAAAGGACGUUCUAAGUCUUAUAUCAGAGGGUAUAACGCUGAUCUGGGAAAGCUAUAAACUAGAUUCUUAUGUACAGCGAUUGUCUGAUGUAGUACUAUCUUUCCAAGAAAAAGUUGAAGACUUAUUGGUCGUUGAAGAACAAUUAGAUAUCGAUGUGAGAUCAUUAGAAACAUGUCCCUACUCAGCUAAUACUUUUGCUGACAUCUUAACAAAAAUACAAAAGUCUGUCGAUGAAUUAUCCUUGAAAAAUUAUUCUAAUCUCCAUAUCUGGGUUUCAAGACUUGAUGAAGAAGUCGAAAGGAAGCUCGCUUCUCGCCUUGAAGCAGGAAUUAAAGCCUGGACGGAUGCUUUGAUGGGUCGAAAAAAAGAUGUUGAUCUGAGUAUGGAUACUGAUGCUCCAUCACAACCAACACACAGAUUAGGUGGGGAUCCCAAAGUUCAGAAUCAGUUACACGAAGUUAGGAUCACCAAUCAAACUAUGUACUUAUACCCAAGCAUUGAAGAUGCUCGUUUUCAAAUAAUGCAACAACUUUUUGCCUGGCAAGCCAUUGUUACUUCACAGACUCGUCUACAAAGUUCAAGAUAUCAUGUUGGUAUUGAUAAACAAGAGUCAAGCACCUAUAGAAAUUUACUCACUAAAUUACCUUCAGGAAAAUGUUCUCUUGAAUUAGCUUAUGACGCUAUAGAAAUAAAAAUGCAAGAAAUAGUAAAUUACGUAGAUCAGUGGUUAAGGUAUCAGUCAUUGUGGGAUUUACAGCCAGAUAACCUUUACGGAAAAUUAAAUGAAGACAUAACUCUAUGGAUGAAAUGUUUGAAUGACAUUAAGAAAACUCGCACUACGUUUGAUACUUCUGACACGAGAAGAGAGUUUGGACCUGUUAUAAUUGAUUUUGCUAAAGUCCAAAGCAAAGUUUCGCUGAAAUAUGAUUCUUGGCACAAAGAAACAUUAGGAAAGUUUGGAACUCUGCUUGGAAACGAAAUGGCUAGUUUUCACGUCCAAGUAUCAAGAUCGAGGAGUGAUCUAGAAUUACACUCUAUUGAAGCGUCAAGUACAUCUGAUGCAGUUAGUUUUAUAACUUAUGUACAGUCGUUAAAAAGAAAAAUGAAAGCAUGGGAAAAACAAGUGGAUGUAUACAGAGACGGCCAAAGAAUUCUUGAACGCCAAAGAUUUCAAUUCCCCUCACACUGGUUACACGUCGAUAACAUAGAAGGCGAAUGGGGAGCUUUUAAUGAAAUCAUUAAACGGAAAGAUACGUACAUACAGACACAAGUUGCAUCUCUUCAGUUAAAAAUUGUCACUGAAGACAAAGCAAUUGAAACUAGAACGCUUGACUUUUUAAAUGAUUGGGAAAAAGGAAAACCCGUUGAAGGUUAUUUAAGACCAGAUGAUGCACUACAGCAACUACAGUUAUUCGAAAAUAAGUUUGCUCGACUAAAGGAAGAAAGAGAUAAUGUAGCCAAGGCUAAGGAAGCCUUAGAACUCUUAGAACCAGGAAUGACUUCAGUAAAUGAAGAUCGGAUGCAAGUUGUUUUUGAAGAACUCCAAGAUUUGAAAGGAGUUUGGUCUGAAUUAUCUAAAAUUUGGACACAGAUUGAUGAAACUCGUGAAAAACCAUGGCUGUCAGUUCAACCAAGAAAACUCAGACUACAGUUAGACACUAUGUUAUCACAACUAAAAGAUUUACCUGCGAGGUUGAGGCAAUAUUCUUCGUACGAGUAUGUAAAAAAAAUGCUUCAAAAUUACACCAAAGUCAAUAUGCUUAUUGUUGAACUUAAAUCUGAUGCUUUAAAAGAAAGACACUGGAAGUUAUUGAUGAAACAAUUAAAAGUAAACUGGAUUCUUAGUGAACUUACUUUAGGUCAAGUGUGGGAUGUUAACUUACAAAAAAAUGAAAGUACUGUUAAAGACAUUAUUCUCGUAGCUCAAGGUGAAAUGGCUUUAGAGGAAUUUUUAAAACAAGUUCGGGAAUCAUGGCAAAAUUAUGAAUUGGAUUUAAUAAAUUAUCAAAACAAGUGUCGUUUGAUUCGUGGUUGGGACGACUUGUUCAAUAAAGUCAAAGAGCACAUUAAUUCUGUCGCUGCAAUGAAGUUAUCCCCUUACUACAAAGUAUUUGAAGAAGAAGCUUUAACUUGGGAAGAGAAACUAAAUCGAAUAAAUUCUCUUUUUGAUAUUUGGAUAGAUGUACAACGAAGGUGGGUAUACUUGGAAGGUAUUUUUUCUGGAAGUGCUGACAUAAAAACACUAUUACCUGUAGAAACAUCACGAUUUCAGAGUAUCAGUUCUGAGUUUCUUGGAUUAAUGAAAAAAGUAUCAAAAUCUCCCAUGGUAGUGGAUAUAUUAAACAUACCCGGGGUGCAAAGGUCUCUUGAACGACUCGCAGAUCUUUUAGGAAAAAUACAGAAGGCUUUAGGAGAAUACUUAGAAAGAGAAAGAACUUCAUUUCCCAGAUUUUAUUUUGUUGGCGAUGAAGAUUUGCUGGAAAUAAUUGGCAAUAGCAAAAACGUUGCCAGACUUCAAAAGCAUUUUAAAAAAAUGUUUGCUGGUGUUGCAUCAAUUUUAUUAAAUAACGAUAAUACUGUUAUUAUCGGGAUUGCUUCUAGAGAAGGAGAAGAAAUUAUUUUUAACAAUUCAGUGUCAACUGUUUGCCAUCCUAAAAUUAAUGAAUGGUUAACUCUUGUAGAAAAAGAAAUGUGUGUUACGCUUGCAUCUAGCCUUGCUAGUGCUAUACAAGAUAUUAAAAAUUUUAAAGAAACAAACAUUACUUCUCAAACAUUAAUGAAAUGGUGCGAUAAAUAUCCGGCUCAAAUAAUUAUUUUAGCUGCUCAAACACUUUGGUCUGAAGAUGUAGAAAAUGCACUGCAGGAAGCUCAAGAUAACACUAAAUUGAACCCAUUGGAUCAAGUACUUAGUCAAGUUGAGAAUACUCUUAAUAUUUUAGCAGAUUCUGUCCUUCAAGAGCAGCCACCUUUAAGAAGAAAAAAACUUGAACAUUUAAUCAACGAAUUUGUUCAUAAACGCACCGUAACUAGAAGAUUAAUAUAUAAUAACGUUAAUAAUACCAAAGCUUUUGAGUGGUUAUGUGAAAUGAGGUUUUACUUUGAUCCUCGACAAACUGAUGUUCUUCAACAACUAACCAUUCACAUGGCCAAUGCAAAAUUUUUUUAUGGUUUCGAAUAUUUGGGUGUUCAAGACAGACUUGUUCAAACACCAUUAACUGAUAGAUGUUAUUUAACAAUGACACAGGCAUUAGAAUCUCGAUUAGGUGGUUCACCUUUUGGGCCAGCUGGCACUGGUAAAACUGAGUCUGUCAAAGCUUUAGGACAUCAACUAGGCAGAUUUGUUUUAGUAUUUAAUUGUGAUGAAACUUUCGAUUUUCAGGCAAUGGGGCGAAUUUUUGUAGGAUUAUGUCAAGUUGGGGCGUGGGGUUGUUUCGAUGAGUUUAAUCGGCUAGAAGAAAGGAUGCUUUCAGCAGUUUCUCAACAAGUUCAAACUAUACAGGAAGCCUUAAAAAGUCAAAUAGAAGGCCAAAAAAAUGAAGCUUUGUGUGUAGAGUUAGUCGGAAAACAAGUUAAGGUAUCUACAGACAUGGCAAUUUUUAUAACGAUGAAUCCAGGUUAUGCUGGAAGAUCCAACCUGCCAGAUAACUUAAAAAAACUAUUCAGAUCAUUAGCAAUGACGAGUCCAGAUAGGCAAUUGAUUGCCGAAGUAAUGUUGUUCAGUCAAGGAUUUCGUACUGCUGAAAAGUUAGCCUGCAAGAUCGUCCCUUUUUUCAGGUUGUGCGAUGAACAGCUUUCAAAUCAAUCCCAUUACGAUUUUGGUUUAAGAGCACUAAAAUCUGUUUUGAUAUCUGCUGGAAAUGUAAAAAGAGAUAGAAUUCAAAAAAUUAAAGAAGGUAUGCAAAAUCGUGGUGAAAGGAACAUUGAUGGAGCAUCUAUAGCUGAAAAUUUACCAGAACAAGAAAUACUUAUUCAAUCCGUUUGUGAAACCAUGGUUCCAAAACUUGUUGCUGAAGACAUACCAUUACUCUUCAGUUUACUCAAUGAUGUUUUUCCAAAUGUUAACUACAUACGAGCAGAGAUGACAGGAUUAAAAAAUGAAAUCAAAAAAGUAUGUGCUGAGGAAUAUUUAAUUUGCGGUGAAGGUGAUGAACAUGGUGGAGCAUGGCAAGAAAAGGUUUUGCAAUUAUAUCAGAUAUGCAAUUUAAAUCAUGGACUAAUGAUGGUUGGACCUAGUGGAUCUGGAAAAACUACUGCUUGGAAAGUCUUACUCAAAUCUCUAGAAAAAUUUGAGGGUAUCGAAGGAGUAGCUCAUGUUAUUGAUCCUAAGGCUAUUAGUAAAGAAACACUUUAUGGAACACUAGAUCCUAAUACUCGUGAAUGGACUGAUGGGCUCUUUACUCAUAUUUUAAGAAAAAUAAUUGACAAUGUCAGAGGUGAAAUUAACAAACGACAAUGGAUUAUUUUCGAUGGUGAUGUAGAUCCUGAAUGGGUAGAAAAUCUUAAUUCUGUUCUAGACGAUAAUAAAUUACUGACUUUACCAAAUGGUGAGCGCUUAAGCUUACCUCCAAAUGUGAGAGUCAUGUUUGAAGUUCAAGAUUUGAAAUACGCAACAUUGGCUACCGUUUCGCGUUGUGGAAUGGUUUGGUUUUCUGAAGAUGUUUUAUCAACCGAAAUGAUUUUUGACAACUAUAUGCUAAAGUUAAAAAAUAUUCCAUUGAAUGAUGGUGAUGAAGAUGAAAUAAUAAAAAAAUCAAAUGAUAAAGAUGCCGUACUUUCACCUGCAAUCUCUGUCCAAAGAGAUGCUGCAAAUAUACUGCAAAAUUUCUUUUCACCUGAUGGAUUGGUUGUCAGAUGCUUAGAAUAUGCAUCUAAACAAGAACAUAUUAUGGAUUUUACAAGAUUAAGGGCUCUGAAUUCUCUUUUUUCUAUGUUAAGCCAAUCUCUUCAAAGUAUAGUAAAAUAUAAUCAAUCGCAUGCUGAUUUUCCUCUGUCUAACGAACAGCUAGAAAAGUAUGUUACUAAAUCCUUAAUAUAUGCUUUGUUAUGGAGUUUUACUGGUGAUGCUAAAUUAAAAACAAGAUCAGAUUUUGGAGAUUUUAUUAGAUCCAUCACAACAAUACCAUUACCAUCACUCACAAAUAUUCCAAUUGUUGAUUACAAAGUUGACAUACAGGGUGAUUGGCAACCAUGGAGUCAUAAGGUACCACAAAUCGAAGUAGAGACUCAUAAAGUUGCUUGCCCUGAUGUUGUCGUACCUACUUUAGAUACUGUUAGACAUGAAAGUCUUCUUUACACGUGGUUAGCAGAACAUAAGCCAUUGGUUUUAUGUGGACCACCUGGAUCGGGAAAAACGAUGACUCUUUUUUCUGCACUUAGAGCUCUACCUGACAUGGAAGUUGUUGGAUUAAACUUCUCAUCUGCUACUACCCCAGAACUUUUAUUAAAAACAUUCGAUCAUUAUUGCGAGUAUCGCAAAACACCAAAUGGAGUUGUUCUGUCACCAGUGCAACUGGGUAAGUGGUUAGUGCUGUUUUGUGAUGAAAUUAAUUUACCUGAAAUGGAUCACUAUGGUACUCAGCGAGUUAUCUCAUUUUUGAGACAACUUGUUGAGCACAAAGGUUUCUUCAGAACGAGUGAUCAAGCAUGGGUAUCAAUAGAACGUAUUCAGUUUGUUGGAGCUUGUAAUCCACCAACGGACCCUGGAAGAAAACCAUUAAGUUAUAGAUUUCUGCGGCAUGUUCCGGUUAUAUAUGUUGAUUAUCCAGGAGAAGUUUCUUUGAAACAAAUUUACGGUACAUUUGCUCGAGCAAUGUUAAGAUUAAUUCCGUUACUAAAAGGAUAUGCAGAACCAUUAACAAACGCAAUGGUAGAAUUUUAUCUUACAUCGCAAGAACGUUUCACUCAAGAUAUGCAACCUCAUUAUGUCUACUCACCUCGAGAAAUGACAAGAUGGGUGAGGGGUAUUUGUGAAGCUAUUAGACCUCUUGAUGCACUCUCCAUUGAAGGUUUAGUACGUCUUUGGGCCCACGAAGCACUCAGACUAUUUCAGGAUCGAUUAGUAGAAGAUUCUGAAAGAGCUUGGACCAAUAAGACUAUUGAUAUUGUCGCAUUGAAACACUUUCCCAGUAUAAAUAAGGAAAUAUCUUUAGAACGGCCAAUAUUGUAUAGUAAUUGGCUUUCUAAAGACUACGUUCCUGUUAGUAGACCAGAACUACGUGAUUAUGUAAGAGCUAGACUUAAAGUGUUUUACGAAGAAGAGCUGGAUGUUCCAUUAGUACUAUUUGAUGAAGUAUUAGAACAUGUCUUGAGAAUUGAUAGAAUUUUCCGACAACCUCAAGGUCAUUUACUACUUAUUGGUGUUUCUGGUGCAGGAAAAACAACGCUGUCUCGGUUUGUAGCAUGGAUGAAUGGAUUAUCCGUGUUCCAAAUCAAGGUACACAAUAAAUACACAGCUGAUGACUUUGAUGAGGAUUUACGACAAGUUCUUCGGAGAUCUGGAUGCAAAGAUGAAAAAAUAGCAUUUAUUUUAGAUGAAUCAAAUGUCCUUGACUCCAGCUUUUUAGAGCGCAUGAAUACUCUUUUAGCUAAUGGCGAAGUUCCAGGGCUGUUUGAAGGCGAUGAAUACACAACAUUAAUAACUCAAUGUAAAGAAGGUGCUCAGCGAGAGGGUUUGAUGCUUGACUCUAAUGAAGAGUUAUACAAGUGGUUUACUGGUCAAGUUAUGAAAAAUCUUCAUGUUGUAUUUACAAUGAAUCCAAGUACUGACGAACUGAAAACAAGAGCUGCUACGUCACCAGCAUUAUUUAAUAGAUGUGUUCUUAAUUGGUUUGGAGAUUGGUCUGAUAAUGCUUUAUUUCAAGUUGGAAAAGAAUUUACAAACAGAAUUGAUCUAGAUAACCCUCAUUGGAAAUGCCCAGAUUACUUCCCUUCCUCUUGUUCAAUACUUGCUAGCCAAACCACUCACCGUGAUGCUGUUAUCAACGCUUGUGUAUACGUUCAUCAAACGCUCCACAAAGCUAAUGCUAAAUUAAUAAAACGGGGUUGUCGAACUAUGGCUAUAACUCCACGACAUUACUUAGAUUUUAUUAAUCAUUUCGUUAAAUUGUAUCAAGAAAAACGCAGUGACUUAGAGGAACAGCAAUUACAUCUUAAUGUCGGUCUAAGUAAAAUUGCUGAAACAGUCGAACAGGUUGAAGAAAUGCAGAAAAGUUUAGCAGUAAAAUCUCAGGAACUUCAAGCUAAAAAUGAAGCAGCUAACGCCAAGUUAAGACAAAUGGUUAAAGAUCAACAAGAAGCUGAAAAGAAAAAAGUGCAGAGUCAAGAAAUUCAGCAUCAAUUAGCAAUACAAACAAUAGCCAUAAACCAAAAACGCGAUGACGUUAUGGCUGAUCUAGCACAAGUUGAACCAGCUGUUAUUGAUGCCCAAAAUGCUGUGAAAUCUAUUAAAAAACAGCAUUUGGUAGAAGUUCGAUCAAUGGCUAACCCACCCGCAAUAGUAAAAGUUGCUCUGGAGUCAAUAUGUUUAUUACUAGGAGAAAAUGCGAGUGAUUGGAAAUCGAUUCGUGCUGUUAUAAUGAAAGAUAACUUUAUUAACACUAUUGUGUCUACCUUCAGCACAGAAAAUAUAACAGAUGAUGUUCGAGAAAAAAUGAAAAGUAGAUAUUUAUGUAAUCCUGAGUACAAUUUUGAAAAAGUUAAUCGAGCCAGCAUGGCAUGUGGACCAAUGGUUAAAUGGGCAAUAGCACAAAUUGAAUAUGCAGAUAUGUUAAAGCGUGUUGAGCCUCUAAGAGAAGAACUUUACUCUCUGGAACAACAAGCUGAAACCAACAAGCGGAAAGGUGAAGAAGUCAAAAACUUAAUUUCUCAGUUGGAACUUAGUAUAGCUGCUUACAAAGAAGAGUAUGCUCAACUUAUAUCUCAAGCUCAAGCUAUAAAAACUGAUCUUGAAAAUGUCCAAGGAAAAGUUGAUCGUUCAAUAGCACUACUUAAAUCAUUAGUUAUCGAAAGAGAACGAUGGGAAUCUACUAGUGAAACAUUUAGAAGUCAAAUGUCAACAAUACUUGGAGACGUUUUACUAUCUUCGGCAUUUUUAGCAUAUGCAGGGUAUUUUGAUCAACAUUAUCGACAGAACUUAUUUACAACAUGGUGUCAGCAUUUACACAGUGCUCAUCUCCAAUUUCGUCCAGAUAUUGCUAGAACAGAAUACUUAUCGAAUCCAGAUGAGCGUUUAAGAUGGCAAGCUAAUGCUUUACCUGCAGAUGAAUUGUGCACUGAAAAUGCAAUAAUGUUAAAGCGAUUUAAUAGAUAUCCUCUUAUCAUCGAUCCAUCUGGACAAGCUACAGAGUUUCUGAUAAAUGAAUAUAAAGGUCGAAAAAUAACUAAAACAAGCUUCCUUGAUGACUCGUUUAGGAAAAAUUUAGAAAGUGCGUUGAGGUUCGGUAAUCCUUUGCUUGUGCAAGACGUUGAAAACUAUGAUCCAAUAUUAAAUCCUGUUCUGAAUAGAGAAUUGAGACGUACUGGCGGCAGAGUAUUAAUAACUCUAGGUGAUCAGGACAUUGAUCUUUCACCAUCUUUUGUAAUAUUUUUGUCUACGAGAGAUCCAACCGUGGAAUUUCCACCUGAUAUAUGUUCAAGAGUAACAUUUGUUAAUUUUACUGUCACGCGUAGUUCUUUACAAAGUCAGUGUUUAAAUCAAGUUUUAAAAGCUGAAAGACCUGAUAUUGAUGAAAAACGUUCUGAUUUGCUUAAACUGCAAGGGGAAUUCCAUUUAAGAUUGAGGCAGUUAGAAAAGUCAUUAUUACAAGCGCUUAACGAUGCUAAAGGUAAGAUACUAGAUGAUGAUUCAGUUAUAACAACACUUGAAACGCUUAAAAGAGAAGCUGCUGAUAUCAGUAGGAAAGUAGAAGAGACAGAUAAAGUAAUAGCAGAGAUCGAAACUGUUUCUCAACAAUAUCUGCCCCUCUCUCAAGCUUGUUCAAAUAUAUACUUUACCAUGGAUAGUUUAAAUCAAAUUCACUUCUUGUAUCAAUAUUCAUUAAAAAUGUUUCUUGACAUAUUUACUUCUGUCUUAACAAAAAAUUCGAAAUUAUCAGGUAUAACUGAUUAUGUUCAACGCUUAUCUUUCAUUACUAAUGAUUUAUUUUCCGUUUGUUAUGAAAGAGUUGCUCGAGGGAUGUUACAUAACGACAGACUAACGUUUACUUUACUAUUAUGCCGGAUACAUCUUAAAGGUAUCACAUCUGAAACCACGUAUGAUAAUGAGUUUAACUUUUUUCUGCGAGGAAAAGAGGGUGUACCUAAUCUUCGUGUUCCUCCAUUAUCUAAUAUUAGUUUCGAACAGCAAGAAGCUGCUAUACAUUUAAGUACGAGAUUGCCAGCUUUCAGAAAACUUAACGACAUGAUACAAAAUAGUACAGAAUUCAAUACUUGGUUGCAAUCACCUACGCCAGAAACUUGUGUACCCAAACUUUGGGAUGAAGAAAAACCUUGUUCCCUUGUGGGAACUGCAAUGAAUCAGCUGUUGAUUAUUCAAGCGUUUCGGCCGGAUCGAGUAAUUGCUGCGGCAUCUAUAGUAGUAGCUUCUACGUUGGGAGAAUUAUUUACGAAUGCUGCGGAAACUGAGUUAGAUUUUGCAAAUGUCGUAGAGAAUGAAUUAAAAUCAUCCAUCCCAGCUUUGCUGUGUUCUGUUCCUGGUUUUGAUGCAUCAAGCCGAGUAGACGACUUAGCAGCAGAAUUAGGUAAACCAAUUGCUAGUAUAGCAAUUGGUUCUGCUGAAGGUUUUAAUCAAGCUGAGAGAGCUAUCAACACAGCUGUCAAAGCUGGAAGAUGGGUUUUAUUGAAGAAUGUCCAUUUAGCUCCACAAUGGCUUGUACAACUAGAAAAAAAACUUCACAGCUUACAACCUCAUUAUAACUUUAGACUAUUUCUCACGAUGGAAAUUAAUUCUAAAGUCCCUGUUAAUUUACUUAGAGCUGGAAGAAUAUUUGUAUUCGAACCGCCACCUGGAAUUAGAGCAAACUUGCUACGAACAUUUAGUACUGUUCCAGCCUCCCGUAUGAUGAAGCCUCCGAAUGAACGAGCAAGAUUGUAUUUUCUAUUAGCAUGGUUUCAUGCCAUUGUACAAGAGCGCUUGAGGUACGUUCCUCUAGGAUGGGCCAAGUACUAUGAAUUCAAUGAAAGUGACUUAAGAGUUGCCUGCGAUACUCUUGAUACAUGGAUUGAGUCUACAGCAAUGGGUAGAACCAACUUACCUCCAGAAAAAGUUCCAUGGGAUGCUUUAAUAACAUUAAUGUCAGAAUGUAUAUACGGUGGAAAAAUUGAUAAUGAUUUUGAUCAACGCCUUUUAACAUCUUUUCUUCGAAAGCUUUUUACAUCACGAUCAUUUGAAACCGACUUUGCCCUUGUUGCCAACGUAGAUGGUACUUUAGGAAACCAGAGACACAUAACAAUGCCUGAUGGAACAAGAAGAGAGGACUUUUUAAAAUGGAUUGAAUCAUUAUCGGAUAAACAAACACCAUCUUGGCUUGGACUACCUAAUAAUGCUGAAAAAGUCCUUUUAACAACUAGAGGAACUGAUUUGGUUUCAAAAUUAUUAAAAAUGCAACAGUUAGAAGAUGAAGAUGAGCUUGCUUACUGUACCGAAGAGUCAUUAGAUAUUCAAGGAGAAGCAGAUACAGAUGGUCGUCCGUCUUGGAUGAAAACUUUACAUAACUCUGCUUCUACGUGGUUACAAUUACUACCAAAAAGCUUAAUUAUUUUGAAAAGAACAGUUGAAAACAUAAAAGAUCCGUUGUAUCGAUAUUUUGAACGAGAAGUUAAUAGUUGUUCUAAGUUAUUACAAGAUGUUAUUCAUGAUUUGGAGGAUGUUGUUUCUAUUUGUCAGGGUGAGAAAAAACAAACUAAUUAUCAUAGAACAAUAUUGUCAGAACUAAUAAAAGGUAUAUUACCAGCUGGAUGGAGAAGAUACACUGUCCCACGAGGUUGUACAGUAAUUCAAUGGAUAACAGACUUUAGUCAUAGAGUUUCACAAUUACAAGAAGUUUCAAGAUUAGUCUCACAAAAUGGGGCCAAAGAGAUAAAGGCGCAAAGCCUUUGUGCCCACGAGUAG